GACUGAAGUUGAAGCACUUUUCUUCAUAUUUUUUUUUACCUUGUUUCCAUGGCUUUCACUCGUUCAAAAUCUGUAAGAUUUCAGGAUGAUCUUGAGACUGCUAGCUUUGAAUUGCCCAAAAGGAAAAAUGAAUUUAUGUCCAUCCUUAAGAUUGGUGCAAUGCAAAUACCUCAGCCAUGCUCGGAAAAUGCUCGGAAUGAUGAAAUAGAUAAGUCCUUGCAGGAAAGGGAACUGUCAAGAGUCUUCUCUGAGGAUUAUGAUGGACUGCAGAAGAAGAUAUUUGAUCCUCGGGGACCUGUCAUAAGCCGAUGGAACAAAAUCUUCUUAGUAGCAUGCUUGAUUUCUCUCUUUGUGGAUCCACUCUAUUUUUACUUGCCAGGGGUCAAGGGACAUAUGUGCAUUGAUCUGUGUUCAUCCCUUGAAGUAGCCCUCACUGUCACACGGUCGAUGGUUGAUGCAUUCUACAUGAUUCAGAUUUAUGUUCGGUUUCACACUGGUUACGUCGCUCCAUCGUCUCGUGUUUUUGGGAGAGGAGAGCUGGUAAUAGAUCCUUCAAAGAUAGCUUCAAGAUACCUUCUCAAAGAGUUCUGGCUUGAUCUUUUGGCUGCUGUACCCCUUCCUCAGGUGUUGGUUUGGGCAGCAAUCCCAGGCCUACAUGGAUCAUCAACAACUCAUUUAAAGAAUUUUAUCCGCUUCAUAAUCAUUUUGCAGUACCUGCUAAGGUUGUAUCUUAUCUUUCCGCUCUAUUCACAAAUUAUAAAGACCACUGGGCUUCUGACCGAAACAGCAUGGGCUGGGGCAGCCUACAAUCUGAUGCUUUUCAUGUUGGCAAGCCAUGUGCUAGGUUCCUGUUGGUACCUUUUAUCGAUCGAGCGGCAGGAAGAAUGUUGGAGAGAAGUUUGCAGUCUGCAGCACCCACAUUGCAACUAUGCAUUUUUUGACUGCCGUGCUAUGGAUGAAUCUGGCAGAGCUGCCUGGUUCAACUCAAGUAAUAUCCAAAGUCUCUGUGAUCCAAAUGGCAAAUUCUUCUUGUUCGGCAUUUAUGCUGAUGCGCUGAAAUUUCGAGUUACAACCUCCAGGUUCUACACCAAGUACUUCUACUGUUUUUGGUGGGGCUUGAGGAAUCUGAGCUCUUUAGGACAGAAUCUUCUCACUAGCACUGCUGUUGGAGAAAUAAUUUUUACAAUUAUCAUUGUGAUUCUUGGGCUGGUGCUUUUUGCAUUGCUCAUUGGGAAUAUGCAAGGGUACCUCCAAUCCACAACCGUGCGACUGGAAGAAUGGAGAAUUCAGCGAACCGAUACCGAACAAUGGAUGAGUCACAGGCAGCUACCGCAUGAAUUGAAGCAGAGUGUACGAAGGUAUGAGCAGUACAAAUGGAUCGCAACUCGGGGAGUCGACGAGGAAGCCAUUCUCGAAGGCCUUCCCGUAGAUCUCCGAAGAGACAUCAAGCGCCAUCUCUGCCUCGAUCUAGUUCGCCGCGUACCCCUAUUUGAUCAGAUGGAGGAGAGAAUGCUUGAUGCCAUUUGCGAAAGGUUAAAACCUGCUCUGUGCACCCAAGGCGCGUGCGUGGUUCGCGAGGGCGACCUCGUCCACGAGAUGCUUUUCAUAAUCCGAGGCCACUUGGAUUCCUACACCACCAACGGCGGCCGCACCGGCUUCUUCAACUCCUCCUGCAUCGGCCCCGGCGACUUCUGCGGCGAGGAGCUCCUCCCGUGGGCCCUCGACCCCCACCCCACCGGCCUCCUUCCUUCCUCCACCCGUACCGUCGAAGCCAUCUCCGACGUCGAGGCUUUCGCGCUCGUCGCGGAGGACUUGAGGUUUGUGGCGUCGCAGUUCCGGAGGCUGCACAGCAAGCGGCUCCGGGACACGUUCAGGUUUUACUCGCACCAGUGGAGGACUUGGGCGGCAUGCUUUAUUCAGGCAGCGUGGGUUCGGUUUAAAAGGCGGACGGAGGCGGCGGAGCUCAGGGCAAGGGAGAGGCCGGCGACCGAUUUGGCCAAACCGGCAGCGGCGGAACGAAUGGACGCGUCCUUCAGAUCAUUGGGGCAGAGUAGCUUAAGAAUGUAUGCUGCAAGCGGGCCCGGGGGAAGCGAUUAUCACAUGCGCGGAUCGCUGCAGAAGCCUGUGGAGCCAGAUUUUACGGCUGAGGAAGAGUGAAAGCAGAAAUUUCUAGGAUGAAGGGGGCAUUUGAACUUUGACGGAGAGUGCGAGAUUGUCUAGGGAGUAUGCAUUUUGCCGUCUAUUGGAGAUAAAAUUCAACGGACACACCACAAGCCAUGCCAUGCGUACUUUGGAACAGCUGAUUUAUUACUGUUGAUUUUCAAAUAGCUUAUGUAUAGGAGCAGAUGAUUUGUUUGUUAGCAUUUUUAUAUUAUUUUAAAUUUUUAAAUAAGUUGUGUAUAGGAGGAGAUUAUAGAUAGUUUGAUUUUCGAAUAACUCUUUUGUAUAUGAGGAGAUUAUGGAUAGUUUAUCUAUAAAUCUUAUACUUUGUGUAUGCUUCAUUUUA